GCGUCGGCACGCUAGGAGAGGUGGAGGAGGACAGAAGGUGGGCCAUACAGCGGGCGACGGGGAUCGGAACGUGACCUACGCAGGAGAUGUCGACAAGAUGACAGCGGCUGUAUGACGACGUUGGUUACGCCGUUGUCCGCCCGACACGACAGAGUCAAGGAUACGUGGCUCCGCGCUAGGAAGCGGCAGCUACGGUGAGUGCGGCAAACAAGAAGAGAGAAAGAGAAAGAAGAGCGAGAGACUUGACGUCGUCGUCGUCGUCGUCAUCGUCGUCGCCGCCGUCGACGACGGUACUGGUGGUGACAGUGCCGCGCCCCCGUGCGAUGCGCACGACGGCGCGGUGAGGAGUGGACGGUGGGAUCGUGGGAUCCUGAGGAGAACUCGCCGACGAGGAGUGCCGUCGACCCCACGCGCACCCGCGUCCGGAGGCAUGAGCGUAUUUGGGGACUUCCAGCGUGUCUGGGUGCAGCGGUUCCCGGACAGCGCCUUGCCGGCCGCCUGGGAGGAAGAUGUCAGAGCGAACCUGGUCAAACAUAAGCAGAAGGUGACAGCUUUGAGAGAAGAGCUCGAAAAAGAAGAGUUUUAUGUGGAAUAUUUAGAGAGAUUGCUGGCUGAUGUCGAGCGACACAAACAGCUGGCUAACAAUACCAGCGUGAAUACGAAUACGUCUGAAAUUAAACAGGAAGCGGCGACAGAAACGCAAUCUCAACAGGAUUCUCAAAUAUCGGAGAACAGCUUGGCGGACUCUCCGAAUUCACCGAGUUCUCAGAACGUGGGACCGUCCGCUCCUACUUUGACGGAACGGGAAGACAUCAGCAAGUUUCAAGACAAGUGCGUGUCCGAACUGAGCUCGACUCUCAGCACAGCUGGCAAGCGACCCAAGAGCGAAAUACCAAGGAGUCCCGAGAAAGUGCCUGAACUUAGAAGAAACAGUGAUCCAGAUGUGCCAAGUAAUUAUGUUACAGUGAUUGAAGUUACCGGAAGUUCGAAGAAAGAUAAAAAUGAGGAAUCUCUCAAGGAGGAGGAUGAGAAAGACUUAGAAAAGGCUAUCAACGAAGAUGGCGAAGAUGGCGAUGCAGAGGCAUCGGAGGAGGAGCCUUAUUAUGAUUCAGUAGCCUUGGACCAAACUGGGGAAUAUGUUUACAUUGACGCGCGCGUUCCCACUGUCAACAGUAACAAUGGCAAUAGCAAAGCGGCAACUCGAAGACCACCUUCUUUGCCAGAUUCUCCGGGCAAUCAGAGUAAUUAUGUCAACAUCGAUUAUUUUAUACAACAUAGAGCGGCGAUGGACAGCGAAGAUGAAGAGGGUGCUAGUCCGGCGCCUCCGAUCUUGCUGCGAGCUCUCAGCACGGACAAUGAAACCGGCAGCAGUGACGCCGAACCGCUAAGUUUAAGCGAGGGUAGCUUGGAAUCACCGACUCCGACGACGCCGCGCCGACAAGAAAAAAGCAAGGAGCGCGAGGAUGACAGGACAUCGAUGGUCAAGUGUAUCGUGAACUCGGUAGUGGAGAGCGAGGCUGUAUAUGUGGAAUGUUUAACUGUGAUGUUACAAUAUAUGAAAGCUAUUAGGGCAACUUUAACGACAUCUCAACCGGUCAUUUCGGAAGAGGAGUUUGGUACGAUGUUCUACAAGAUCCCGGAACUGCAUGCUCUGCAUCAGACGUUUCUGGAUGGUCUUCGAAAGAAGACGGAGAAGUGGGACAGUAAGACUACUAUAGGAGAACAAUUUAAGAUUAUGGCCAGUAAUAUAGGAUUAUAUGGUGCGUUUUUACACAAUUACGCUCGCGCGACCGAUACUGUGCGACGAUGCUCCGCCCAUUCCACUCAAUUCGGAGAGAUUACUAGAGAUAUAAGACUCAGGGGUUUUCCAAAGGGUCCGGGUUUGUCUCUAGAAGAUUUAUUACAUAAACCAGUUGCUCGAGUGCAAAAGAACGCUUUAGUUUUACAUGAUCUUCUCAAGCAUACAUCAGUCAACCAUGCAGAUCAUGCACCUUUAUCAGAAGCUCUUGCUAUGACCAGAAACUUUCUAGAUGAAUUUAAUAUCAUUCAGACGAAGUCCAUGUUUCCGAGUCACGAUAGAGCUCAACGAAGAUUGGUAAAAAAUUCAUUUGUAGUCGAGCUUUCAGACGGUCACAGGAAAUUGAGACACCUCUUUCUUUUUAACGACGUGAUCGCUUGUGCGAAGUACAAAGCCUCUGGCAGAGAUAAAUUCACGUUCGAACUGAAGUGGUACGUGCCAGUAGCAGAAGCUGCUGUUACGGAAGACGGCAUAGAGCCACGCGAAGCUAGCCCCGCUAAUGUGGUAGCUUUAAGAUCGCAAGCAUGUACAGUACGCGAUCAAAUUCUAUGGGAAGAACGAAACGAUGAGAAACGAAUCCGACUGGGCGGCAGAGGUUCGGAGAAAAAUCGUAAAAAACUCGCCGAACUAGAGGCUCAGCUGGUAUUAGCUUCGCCGAACUUAGUCCUUCGCGUGGCGCACAAAAGUCAGCAGAAUCGAGUACAAAAUUCUUACACUUUCUUCCUGUCCAGCGAAUUUGAGCGUUCUCAAUGGGUGGAGGCAGUGGAGGCAUUACAACAGGGUGGACAACCUCCAGGGCAGCUGCCAUUGUCGAUGUAUGAACUGCAAGCUUGGGUCACUGCCUGUCGAACGUAUUUGCAAACUGAUAUGGGUAGCUAUUUGUUGAGAUCAGGACGGGAUGAGAGUUUGCUGCUGGGCGAUCUUCAUUUGACCCUGCUCGGUUUGACUCCACCAGGUUUGGACAGAGUAGGUGAUCUCUAUAUCAUUGUAGAAGUUGAUAGUUAUGGACAUUACUUCAAAAGAGCGCGAAGUCGCAUCGCCAGAGGUCAAGCUCCGAUUUGGGGCGAAACUUUUGUAGUAGAGUUGGAGGGAAGCCAGAACGUUAGGAUUCUAUUGUACGAGGAAUGCGGUACACGCUCGGUAUUGCGAGGCAAGUGCAUUCAGCGAUUGAGCAGAUCUUGGCUCCAAUCUGAUCAGGUGGAGAGGUCGCUAAACUUGGGACCUGCGACAUUGGACGUAGCAUUACGUUUCGUUCCCAGCGAGGUCACUCUGAGACGAGUGCCAUCGGCCAAGCCACAGGGCUUAUUUGGGGCCAAAAUCCAACAAGUUUGCAAGCGAGAGAAACGCGAUGUGCCUUUCAUAAUAACGGCAUGCGUGCGAGAAGUGGAAAGACGUGGUGUUGGCGAGGUAGGUUUGUAUCGUGUUUCUGGCUCGGCAUCCGAUGUGGCAAGGCUACGUAAGUCGUUCGAAAGCAAUUCGUACGAAGCAGAGCAGCUACUUAAAGAGGUGGACGUGCACUCGGUAACAGGAGUAUUAAAAUUGUAUCUGCGUGAAAUGCCGGAGGCGCUGUUCACCGAUGCCCUUUAGAGUGCCGCUCUGCGUCGAGUUUACGAGAGUUUCCCUGCCGUCAACAAAGCGGUGAUCGACUUCUUGUUGGCGCACUUGGCACGUGUGAAUAAGCACGAGGCACAGAACAAAAUGUCACUGCACAAUCUCGCUACAGUGUUCGGGCCCACAUUACUGCGUCCUGGCACCAGUAACUCACGCAGCGACGCUAAAAGCCGCGAUCCUCUCGCUGCCGGUACCGUCGACGUGAUGGCACAAGCUGGCAUUCUCUACUGCUUCUUGCAGUUACACAUGCAACAACAGAACAAUCAAUCUCUCUAGUCGACAAAGUCCCCUGAUUCUGAACGCGAUUAAAGUUGCUGUUUAAUUUGAAAACAGUAACGCGACCACUUUCUUCCUGAUGAAGCAAACGCCGAAAAGACGAUGUAUGAUGGUGUCUGAAGAACAGCCCGAUAACUCAUCGGUAUUGUUAUACUUAAUCUUACAAUCAAUUUAUUGAAUUUAAAAAACGUUUUUGUUUUUACUGUAUAAUAUAUAUAAAU